UCCCACCCCGCAGCCGGGGAGGGCGCCCGUGCGUUUAUAUAUGGGGCGUGUACCCUAGCCGCGGAGUUCCAGCAGUCAGAUAGCUGCUCUGUUAGUUGCGGCCGUCGUCUUGGCUGUGCAGCCGCUCUUCCCAGCCGUGCUGGAAAAGCAAUUAGACCAUUUCCCGUUUCAAGUAAUCAGCCCUCUCCUGUCCAGUCGUGGCUCAUCCAAAGCUCCCGAGGAAAGUGGGAUCUUUCGGUCCUUCCUGCAUUUCCGAUCAUUACAGGAUCUAGAAAUGUCUGCAACACUCUUAUCUGCCUUCUAUGACAUCGACUUCUUGUGUAAGAACGAGAAAUCCCUGAGCAACUUGAGCAGCAUGCUGGACAAGAAGGCAGUGGGGAGCCCAGUGGGCACCUCUCCCAGCUCCAACUUCGGUCCGGGCUUUCUGCGGAGGCACUCGACCAGCAACCUGCAGGCGUUGGCUAACGGCAACGCCAAGUUCCCCGGUGCCUCGUCGCCCUCUUCCUUCGGUAACCUCAAGGAGCCCGGCACUGGAGGAGGGGGGAGUAGCAGCCCUACCGCCCUGCUCAACAAGGAGAACAAGUUCCGAGACCGCUCCUUCAGCGAGAAUGGCGAGCGCAGCCAGCACCUCAUGCAGCAGCUCCAGCAGCAGCAAGUGGUGGUGGUGGCCGCGACCACGGCGGGCAAGGGCGGCGGCGGCGGCGGAGGGGGGAACGGCGGGGGAGCGCCCAUCAACUCCACGCGCUACAAGACGGAGCUCUGCCGGCCCUUCGAGGAGAGCGGGGCCUGCAAGUACGGCGAGAAGUGCCAGUUCGCCCACGGCUACCACGAGCUGCGCAGCCUGACGCGCCACCCCAAGUACAAGACGGAGCUGUGCCGCACCUUCCACACCAUCGGCUUCUGCCCUUACGGGCCGCGCUGCCACUUCAUCCACAACGCCGACGAGCGCCGCCCAGCGCCCGCCAACGGCAGCGCCAACCCGCCGCCGCCUCAGCCCCCGCCGCCGCCUCACCAGCCCAACCCGCAGCAGCCCCCGCCGCCGCCUCAGCCGCCUCACAGCAACAGCCACCACCACCAUCACCCCCACCUCCACCCGCCUCACGCCGGCAGCACCGGCGACCUCCGCGCCUUCGCGCCCGCCGCCCGAGACCACCCGCUGGGGGGCGGCGGCGGCUUCGGCGUCCCUCACGGCCGAGGCGGAGGAGGAGACAGGCCCAAGCUUCACCACAGCCUCAGCUUCUCCGGCUUCUCCGCCCACCAGCACCAUCACCACCACGGCGGGGCUGUGGCGGCGGUGGCUGCGGCUCAGGGAGGCCUGGAGGCGGCGGCGGCGGCGCUGCUCCUGGAGAGCCCCGGCGGGUCCCGCACGCCGCCGCCGCCCGCCUCGGCAGGCUCCUACGGCGAGGAGUUGGUGGCCUCGCCAUCCUGCGCCAACAACGCCUUUGCCUUCUCGGCGGGGCAGGAGCUGGGCAGCCUGAUCGCUCCUCUGGCCAUCCACGCCCCGCCGCCCCAGCAGGGCUGCUUCCCUAACGCCGCCGCCUUCUACCGCUGCCACCAGCAAGGAGGAGGGGGCUGUUGCCCGCCCGGCCCGCCAGCCUCGCCGCCUUUCAGCUUCCAGCCUUUGCGCCGCCUCUCCGAGUCGCCUGUCUUCGACGCCCCUCCGAGCCCGCCGGAUUCGCUUUCCGACCGAGAGAGUUACCUGAGCGGCUCCGUCAGCUCUGGCAGCCUCAGCGGAUCCGAGUCUCCCAGCCUGGAGUCGGGCAGGCGGCUGCCCAUUUUCAGCCGCCUUUCCAUCUCCGACGACUAAGGAGGAAGAGAAAGGGGGGUGGGGGGAACCUCUCCAGUUUGUCAGAUCUUUGGGGACCUCACCACGUGUGCUUUUUAUUUUAAUUUUUAAGGUCUCUCUUUUGGGGGUAAUUCCUCAAUGGGGCAGCUACCCCUCCCUCCUUCACCUUGCUUUUCCAACAGGAGCAGAUUGCAACAGCCCAGAAACUAGCCAAGCUCGCACAGACCCGUUCGUUGCAGUCUCCCCCCCCCCUUUUCAGUGUGUACUUUUUAAAGAAAAAAAAUCCUUUGCUGAGCAAAUUCAGAAAAAGAUGAGACUUUUUUUUUCAUUUUAUUGAGAUGAACAAAAGAUAAAAUUGUGAAAGGAAAACGAUGUCAUCACAGAACAAUCUUAUUUUUAUAUCUUAAAAAAGACUUUGGAAGGAGAGGAUUUUUUCUUUUUCUUUUUUCUUUUCCUCCCCCUUUGGAGACUAGUUUAAUGUACAUCACCAGCAGCCAUUCCAUCUUCAAGUGUGUAUGUGGGGAGGGCAGGAGACAAAGGGUGAAAUGAGCAUUAAACAAAUAUACCCAAUCCUACUCCCCCAGGAAUCAACAAUCAAGCUGGAGGCCCAUGAACUCUUCAUUCCAGGUUCCUCCAGAUUUAUAUAUAACAAAAAUAAUUUAAGGAGUGUGUGGUGGGGGGGGGGUUGCCUUUCAAUCAAAUUUAAAGUAAAUAUACUAAAUGUAUAAGCUUUUAAAAGAAAAAUCCAACAUCCUGCCAAGAAUAUGCCUUGAUAACAACACUCUAGUUUUUUAUAUGCCUAUAUAUAUUAUAACAUGCUAAAACUUCCAUUCCAAAGUUUAAUAUUGGUUCCAUUGCCACCACUUAGUGGAUGUUUGGCUUAGAACAAUUUUUGUUGCUUUAUUUGGAAGCAUUCAACUGAGUUUAGUUUGUAAUUGUUGGCGAAUAACUGCUGAUUUUUUAAUUUUUUUUAGCUGUCUGAGUUGAUUGCGCAAGUCACUGCACAACUCAAAUAUGAAACUAUUUAACUUAUUUAUUAUCUUGUGAAAAGUAUACAUUGGUAAUUUGUUCAUACUGUAUUUAUCGGGUAUGAUGAAAAGCAAUAGAUAUAUAUUCUUUUAUUAUGUUUAAAUUAUGAUUGCCAUUAUUAAUCGGCAAAAUGUGGAGUGUGUUCUUUUCACAGUAAUAUAUGCCUUUUUGUAACUUCACUUGGUUAUUUUAUUGUAAAUGAGUAAAAUUCUUAAUUUAAGAGAUUGUAUGUAAUAUUUAUUUCAUUAAUUUCUUUCCUUGUUUACGUAAAUUUGAAAGAUUGCAUUGGCUUUUUUAAUAGAAAUCUGACUCAAUGCUGUGGAAGUAGUUUGAGAAACUUCAAUGGGUUUUAGAAUGUACAAUGGUUUGUAACCCGUCCAAGCUAAAAAAAAGAAAAAACUACUUUGCAAUCAGAAUUUAAAGUGGCAAACCUAAUUCAAACUCUUAAAAUUAACCAAAAAGUAUUCAAGUUGCCUAACUUCACCAAUCACACUGUGAUAGUCUCAAAGUAUGUAGCAAUAAGGGGGGGGGGUCCCAGUAUUAUGUCUCACAGUGCCUUCAUAAGGGUCCAUGCUUGCCUUAAAUCUUCCUCAACCAAAUAAGUAUUUUUCUUAAUGCUUGAGAAUUUGAAUGUAGGGAUGGGUUUUUAACUACAAAAAUUGUACCACUCAUUUUAUAUAAGUAAGGAGGCCACCUUUUGGAUCUGAAACUUUUGAGUACAUGAUCAUAUCUAUAAUUAAAUUCCAAAAUAUGUAUUUUUUUCUUGUGUAGAAAGGAGUUCUCCAAAACUUUCCUGGAGGGUGGAUGAAUGAGCAGUACCUUAAUUUUUUUGUAUGUACAUAGGUACAGGUUCAGCACUAUGUACUCUUUGGACUACUUUAACAGAAGUAUGUUUUGAAUGUAACUAGAGGAUAAGUCAACUUGAGUUGUAAUAUAUAUUUUGGAGAGUCAGUUCACUACAAAUUUGGAGUGUGAGACUGUAAACUUUGUACUGUAAAUGUUUUGUAGUUCUCCCAAUAAAACUUUUGAGGAAAAAAUCCCAAGCUAUUAAA